ACAUGGAAAGUAGCUGUAACUACAAUCCUGUAAAAGAUGCCUUUAUUUAUAACAUUGUGUUUGUUUGGCCAGUUCAGAAAGUUGCCGAGUUUUUUAAAAACAAGGCAGCCAAAUGGGAUUUCGAAGUAAAUACGGAGAAUUCGGGAAGGAAAACAGCCCUAGAUCUUCUAGUGAGAAGAAAAAUUAGAUCAGAGAGGGACAACGAAGUCAUCAAACUUCUUCUUGAAUUUGGUGCUAACCCGUUGUGGAAAGACGGCGAUGGAAAAACAACACUCUGUAGGAUUAUGCGACAUAAGAAGGAUACAGAACUUAUAAUAAGAUUUCUGGAAAAAGUAGACGAUAUCAACGCCACCCUAGACACAAUCGGUGUAAACGCACUUUAUAUGGCGGUGGAUACAAGGAACGUGGCAGUUCUUCUAUAUAUCAUGCGAAGGAAACCAAAUCUAGACAUCACCUCCUACAGAGGAGUCUCCCCACUACACGAGGCAGCAUCAGCAGAAAAUCCAAAUAUCUCCAGGAUACUGCUGGAAAACGGAGCAGAUGUAAACAUUCGGGAUGAAGAUGGUGAGACACCCAUCUUCGCCGCACUCAACAGGAAGAUUUCUAUGGAGCAGAUCCACAUCCUUUUGAAACACGGAGCUGACCUCAAGGCCAGGGACAACGCUGGAAGAACUCCACUUCAUGUGCUCUGUGCAAACGAAGUGGGUAUCGAUGUUAAUAUUCUGAUAGUUCUCUUGCAUUCAGGAGCCGACCCUAAUGCCGCUGACUCAAUGGGAAGAACACCUAUGGAGUGUUUCAUUAGAAACGAUGCAACAAACAUAUAUAUAAAACAUGCUCUGGUGGUGGCGGAGAUGCUGAUUGGACACGGUGCGCGAGUGAACGUAAGGAAUGGACAUAACCAGACGCUGCUUCACGUUGCAUCUAAGUCGGGCCCUUGCACGUUCAUCAAGUACCUGAUCCAUAAAGGAGCCGACACGAACGCUGUUAAUGGACAGGGCAAGACGUUCUUGCAGCUUCUUAAACACCAAGAUCCAUGCUGGAGAAAGGUACUGCAAAUGCUAGUGUUGAAGCAGUUCAUGGGUGAAUGCGAUUUUGGCGACAACCUCCAGCGCUCGAUCCACGCCAACGUCGAAUUUUCGAAAUUCGUGGCGAGAGCUAGAAGGGAACUGACCCUGUUGAGUGAUCGCCACACGGAGAGCAUUUGUCCGUCUCGGUUCGACCUCCUCAUCUCCAGUGAGAAAAGAGCGAUUAGGCUGUGUGAAAAUGAGGGUAUCAAGUCGGCAAUGUCCAGCAUGGACUUCGCGGAUUUCCCUAUAUUCGGCUAUAGACUUGAAGUGAAAUACGAUAAAUCCUGUAGAAGGGCUAGGGCUGCAGCUGCAGCCGAAGAAUUCUUCUUCGAGAUAUCGAAUGGUCGGUUGAACAAAUAUGCGGCUGAUGUUAUAAUUCAGUUCAUCCCUACUGAAUAUCUGUUAAAUGUCGAGGAGUGUUAUAAAGAUAUGUUGAUACGGAGAGUGCGAAAGUGAAAACUC